AUGGAUUUCAAGACGGCAAUUUCUUCCAUGCAAACAAAUGAAGGAUUUACAAUUUUCAACACCUUCAAGUUCACUAAUGAAGAAGCAAAUAAAUUACAACCUUUAUUACAAACAUUUGAGAGCUACUUCAAACCCAAAAGUAAUCUGUCGAAUGCAAGAAAACAGGAACAAGGCGAUACAGUUGAAAAAUUUAUUACGCACUUAAUAAACAGAGCAAAAGGAUGUGAGUUAAAUGACUUGGAGGACAGUUUAAUCAAGAUAUGCAUAACAUGCGGAGUUGCUGAUGAGAACAUGCAUCAAAGAUUACUAAAAGAAGACAACAUAAAUUUAGAGAAGGCAAUCAACCUAUGUAAAAUGUCGCUGUUGAUGCGUACCCUACAUAUUGCACCUUCAGAAGAAGCAGGGGGGUUAUUUAUGCGAGUUUUUGUAGCAGUUUGCAAGGCUGGGGAUGUGGGGGCAUACCCAAGAGAGGAGUUAUUCAAUACGCCCCUCGUUUGGGCGCUUUCCACACUGCCAGUUGCAAUAGUAAUCGGAUUUGGAGGUGUUUUCGAGUUUUUUCGAGAAAAUAUUCAAGCCCUGUUUGGUCAAGUUAGUGAAAACACGCAAAAGAUAGACAGACUUGAAUCAAACGUAGAUCGUCUAGAAAAAUAUUAUAAACAAAAUAAUCUUAUUCUUUACGAAUUGGCUGAACUGGACGAAGAGAAAGGAAGUGAUCUCGAAAAAGCUAUUGUAAAACUAUUUAACCCGUAA